UCUUUCUUGACUUGUUUUUUGUCUUGCGUGCAUAGUUCGCUCGUUGUAAUUUAGUGCAAUUUUAUUUAUAUUUUAUAAGCCUCUGAAACAUAUUGUGCUUUAUAAUAAUAACUGGUCAGUGGGUCGUCUUAGGGGCGGACUACUUUUCAAUGCCUCGCAAACCAUGUUAUUGGACGCGAAAGUUAGAAUUAGAGUUAGUUGCGUUUGUUCGAGAAAGGGAUUACAUAUGGCGCCCCGUCGGCAACACAAAUCACCAUAUUCAGCAGAAAUACAAAGCUUACGCUGAGUUUGCAGCUAGACUGGGCCGUGGAUUUACUGCUCGCUCUGUCCGUGAUCGUUGGGUGAACAUCAGGAGUACUUUCAACCACAAUCAUCGCAGAGUGGAAAGGUCCAAGCUCAAAGCGAACACUGCGGCUGACAUAUACGUUCCAUGCUGGCCUUUGUGGAACCCUUUGCAGUUCUUAAAAGAUGUUUGUAAGCGGGAAGAUCUGAAUUAUGAGAAAUUUGAACCUGCUGCCAGUGAUUUCAAAGAAUUCUCAAGUAUUCAAGUUAAAAAAGAACAACAGUCAGAAUUAGAAAAUGAUUUUGAAUUAAAUAUUCGCCAGAGAAGUCAGCGCACAGAUAGACCACUUCGCAAACCAAGAGUUAUGAAAAAAAGCAAUAGAAAAUCAAAAUGCAAGCAGGUUAUCGAUGACCUUCUCAUGGCUAUGAAGCCUAUGGUUUCUGAACCAUUACCAGAUCAGAGCUACUGGUUUUUCGGGAAACAUAUUACGGAAAGACUGAAUUGUAUGAGGAGGAUUGAUGCUGAAAGUGCAUGUCAUGAUAUCUUGAAUCUGUUAAAUGAAUGGCAGCAAGAUGAUCCAACGUAAAAUGUCAUUGUCUUGAUUUGGUCUUGAAUUUACUCUGUGGGUCUAGCCUAAAACAAACUAUAAAAGUCAAAGU